GAAUCAUGAGUUUUAGGCAAUGAUAAUAGGACCAUAAGAGAUAAAAUGUCUAUAUAAGAUCUACAACUCUUGCAGAUGAUAUUUUAGUCCAAAAAGUGAAUCGUUGUGGAAUACAUUAAGAUGUGGUUAAAGUUACUUCUAUCUCUGCUCCUGGUGCAAUAUUUGAAUGCCGUUUGUGAUGUUUGUCAGACCGGAAAAGCAGCGUGUCAUAGCAAAAAUACUUAUUCGAUAUGCAUAAACGAUGUACCAACAUAUAAUGUUAUAACGUGCCCCGAUGGUUACACAUGCACUGGUGAUAAGUUUAUUUGUUAUCCAGAGGAAAAUGGCUACGAACCAAUUUGUAAUCCUGAAGAUUCAAUCACAAGUGAUACCACCACUACGAUUGAAAGCACUACUCCGACUACCACAACACCAACAACCACAACACCAACAACCACAACGCCAACAACCACUACUCCGACUACCACAACACCAACAACCACAACACCAACAACCACAACACCAACAACCACAACACCAACAACCACAACGCCAACAACCACUACUCCGACUACCACAACACCAACAACCACAACACCAACAACCACGACGCCAACACCUACAACACCAACAACCACAACUCCAACAACCACUACUCCGACUACCACAACACCAACAACUACAACACCAACAACCACAACACCAACGACCACUACACCAACAACCACAACACCAACAACCACAACGCCAACAACCACUACACCAACAACCACAACACCAACAACUACACCAUCGACUACCACUACAACUGAUGAAAGCACAACUUCAAGCUCCUCGACAACAAAUCCUUAUCAAACAUUCUGCACUGCAAAUGGAAAUGGAAAUUUCACAAAUGAUGAUGAUCCCACCUGUACAACAUACAUCCUUUGCAGUAGGAAUAAGGGAAUAUUAAAGAACUGCGAGCCAGUUAACGAUGUGGCAACCUAUUUUAAUGGAGUCCAAUGUUUGCCUGAGAAACCAGAUUAUUGUACAUAGAUAGCAAGGAUACUUUGACGGUGCUGAAUGUGUGUAUACCAAGCCAGCCACUUGUACAUAAAUUUAAAAUAGUAACAUAAAUACUAUAUCUACAAGAACAAUAUAUUUUCAAAAAUUACCAUGUACUCAAAUUAAAUAAUAAUAAAUAUAUAGUAUGAACAUUUAAAAAA